AUGGAACAGGAAGCCGACAGCAGCAGGGCCAAAUACAGCUCUGUGUCUGCCACAGCAGCCACCGACACGCCACUGAGCAAAGGGUUUAUACCCCGAGGGUUGGGAAAGGCUAAACGACAAACUUUGAGGCGGCUUGCUGUCAAAUUUAAAUUAAAAGAUGGUGAGUUGUAUUAUGGCAACCGGAGGGUUGUCAAAACCAGAGAGGAGGCACGGUCACUUUUCCACAGGUUCCAUGAGUCGCCAACAGGAGUGCACCACGGCAUCAGUAAAACGAGGACUGCUUUGAGUUCCAGGUUUUACUGGUCUGCAAUGUCAAAAGACAUAAAUAACUGGGUACUGCAGUGUGACAAGUGCCAGAACAUUGGAAAACCACGCGUUGUUCCACAAACACUGGAAUUUAUUAAGUGUGAUGAUAUCGACCAGCAGUGGCCUCUGGAUGAAACAGCAGCAGCUGCAGUCACUAUAGCGGACCCGCAGGAAACCGGCAUUGCUGACACCGUCACACCGCGGUCAUACACGCCAGUGUCUCAUGAACAGUCUGGUUCAACAUGGAACACUUCAGACGAUGGAACCUCAGUGGAAAAUUCAAUCAACAGCACAUCUGUUCCUGCAUCAGUCAAGAAGAAGAGACGACAUGCACAGGCAGAGAUGUUUCAGACUCUAGCUACCUUCUGCAGCGAGCACAUGGCAAGAUGCACGGCGAUGCUUUCGGAAAUGCACGCUUGUGUUAACAGUCAGCAAGAUGAGUGCACCAGCUUUGCUCUAGCAGUCGCACACUCCCUCCGUAAACUCCCACCUGAACGACUGGAAAUGACAAAAACAAAGAUUUAUGCUUUACUGGGUGAAGCACAUAACCAAUCAUAACUUGUGUUUUUUUUUUUUUUUGUCUCAUCCCCCUCAACAGCCGGAAGCAACAAGAAUUUCCUAGAUUUCUUUUAAACUUCCAACUCAUUUUGGGUCUUUUUAGAUCUUAAAAAAAAAAAAAAAGGGAUCCAGAUAACUUUUUAAAAAUCAUUUGUUACUAAACACACUCCAUGUUCAGUUCAUCAUUAAAACACAUUGGAGCCUCACACAAAACCUUUACAUACACAUCUCACUGUUUCAGUAUGAUGAGCUCAUAAGAAUGUGCUGCACCAGAUUCAGCGAACACUCGUAAAUCCUUAUAAUUGUGUAAAUUAUGUGCGUAAACCUACUGAAUUCUGCCAAUAUGCAAAUUCUCCCUAUUGCAUAUUAUCACCUAUGAGCCACUGUAGAUGGAGCACUGUUAUUGCCUGAUUGCAGAGAUUCACAUACUGUUAGCCAUACUUCCGGUUGCGCUGUGACUGACAGUGGUCAUAAAAUGAGCAUUAAAAAUGCAUCCAUGAAGUGUAAACCAGACUUGAGAAACUAAAUAACAAAUACAUACGCUGCAACACAACCAUACCCCACUGAUUUUAGUUCUCCUUCGGUGGCAUACAGCAGCCACUAAGAAUACAGUGCUACUGUCCGACACCGCUUUUCACUUCAGUUUUGUGAGCUUCAGUAAUUCGUUCCCCAGGUUCAACACGCAUCCGAUUGUCAGUCACAUUUGUUUCUUGAUUUAUCGAUUUGUUCCUGUUGAGAUCAGGAAUAAAUUGUUCACAGAACUGGUAUGCAGCUGCUUCAGACUUCAGAGCUUCAUAAACUUCGAUAUUUCCAAGUUCCACAGGUCAGUCACAUUUGUCCAAAUACAGUCAGAAUCAGAAUCGCCUUUAUUGUCAUUGUAAUUUGCUUUGCAGUGAUAUUAGAGUGCAACUCCAAAAGGUGCUCUUCUGAGGUGCAAGUAACUGUUAGCCAAAUAAAAGAUAAUAAAAUUUAACAAUAAAUUAUUCAAAGUAUGUCAAUUAAGCAGGUGUCAUGUGCUGAGACUGCAGUGAUCCUGGAAUUGUUGUAAACAUCCCUUUCUUAUAUUUCCCACUUUUGUUUUAACAAGUAUAGUCUUGAAGUUAAAAAUGUCAUUUAGUUAUUGGUUACUGAAUUGCAUUUUAUGCACAGAAUUAGUCAUACUGAGAUUGUUGCACUGACUUUUUGUCAUGCUAAGUUGUAUAUAUUUAUUUACAAAUGCUGAGUUUGUUUCUCAAUUGCAAGUAGUAAGAAACCUGAGACCAAUUUCAGCACAGCAAAAGUGGCAGACAUUUGUUUUCCAGCAGUGCACAUGGGUAAUUUAGUUUUCAGGGAGUACACAUGUGCACUUGUAAAUUCAGUACGGUACAACCUCAGUAUUUGACAGUAAGCUUGCAUAUCGUGAACAGCGAGUGGUGCUGGUCAUAAUCUUAUAAACUUGCACAGCUUUCUCAUAGACAAAAAUAAAACUGUCAGGUGUUGUGUGAAUGGGACUGGACGUUCAGCAGCCAGAGGAAAAACAGGAUGUUGACAAUGCAGUGCAUUCUGGGUCAAUUUUUUCCCUAUAGGGAAAAUAGGGAUAAAUCGGUGUGCUUUCACAAGAGUGAGAUACCAUAACUUCCCAAAAAUACCAAAUCAGGUUAUGCUCCCCACCCAUAUAAAUCAGAGGUGUCCAAUCAGGUGCUUUUAAUGCUGUUUCAUUCCGCCAAACGUCCUUUUUGUCACUGAAAUAAGGAAAUACUCAAUAUUAACAUGAAUUUUAAAAACAAGUGUCUUUGCAUCAAGACAGUUACUGUCUGCCACAGGGUAAGUCACUGUCAUUUCCCCUAAUGUGGGACUAAAAAAAGUAUAUCUGAGGCUAUAUGAAUUAACAGAAUGGUAUGUAAAUUAUGUCAGCUUUUCAGACAAUUUUUUUUAAAAGUGAUGAAAUAUUCAGUUACUGAAAACUAAAGUUUGGAUGACGCAAACAAACACGACUCCAACUACAGAUUUGGAUCACUCAAAUGUUUGUAUCUACAGGGGGAAAAAAAAUUAUAAACAAAUCUAAGUACAACUGGUUCUUGCAUGGCAUCCAUUGUUGUGAAGACACAGACAAUAAAUAAUACAUUUAUUAGUGUU